AUGCGCAAUGCUACCGGUGCCAGGAGGGCGUUAUUUGUACCUGAGGUCUGCUUCGAACUUCUGGUCAAGAAACAAAUCGAGCGUUUGCAAGAGCCGUCUCUGCGCUGUGUUGAAUUAGUGUUCGAUGAACUGACUCGCAUUGUGGUCCAGUGCGAGAAUAUCAAUGACUUGAUGCGCUUCGACGAACUUAAGAAG